GCGGUACUAUAUAUGAUCUUUUUCUCUCACAAAUGGAGUAAUUGUUUAAUCAUCGCGCUGCUUGGCAGUUGGCACUGGCAGCCUCGCUAUAUCCCAGUGUCUCUCAGACGCAGUUUCCGAACAAAUGAAAAAGCCCAAGUGACUAUACCACGACCGCCACCGCACUCCAUGGGCAACCGACCGCCGCCGUCGCCUCCACCGUCGAUCCACGCCCUGAUCACCUUCUACCUCUCGGAGCACCCUUCAAUUGUCGGCUUCCGUUGGAGCCACACCCAAUCGUGGGGCUCCACGUGGUCCUUCCUCUUCUCUUCCAUAUCCCUCUACCUCCUUGUCUCCCUCUCCCUAUCCCUCCUCCUCCGCCCCCUCCGCCUAUUCCUCUCCGCCGCGGCAGAGAUCCGCGACACCCGGUGGUUCUGGCGCCGCACGAAGACUCCCUUGGAGUGGCUACUCUGUUUCCCACUGGGCACUCGCCCCUCCGGCCGGGUGUUCUUCUGGUCCUACCUCUACUAUCUCUCCCGCUUCCUCCAUAUGCUCACCACCAUUCUCGCAAUCUUAAGACGUCGCAGGUUGUUGUUUUUUCAAGUCUUUAACCACUCCAUCUCCGCCUUCACGUCAUUUUUGUGGCUCGAAUUCUCUCAGUCCUUUCAGGUCCUCGCAAUCCUCUUCGCCACUCUUGUCUACUCCCUCGUCUACGGUUACAAGUUCUGGACAGCUAUUGGCUUCCGCGGCGCCUGUUUUCCGUUCGUCCUCAACUGCCAGAUCGCCCUCCUCGGUUGCAACGUUGCGUGCCACGUUGGGGUUUUCUUGCUCCACUUCUUCUUCAAGGGUGGGUGCAAUGGGAUUGGCGCGUGGGUCUUCAACUCUGUCCUCAACGGCGCUGUGUUGUUGCUGUUCCUCAACUUCUAUGUGAGGGUUUAUGUUUUUGGCAAGAGGGAGAGAAAGAUUAUUCAUGGUGACUGUGAUCGUGAUCCUCGUGAGGCUGAGUCCAAGGCUCGCUCAUCGUGCCCUGUUUUGAUCUCUGGAAAUUGAAAAUCAGUUAUUCCCUUCCGUCCCUCAUAGUUUGUCCAUUCAAAAAUCCAAUGUACUAAUUUAUGAAAGGGUGAAGACUCCCUUAUAAUUAUCUCUACGUAAAGUUAAUAGACGAAAAAUAUUAGAUAAUUUAAUAUAUUUAAUUAAAUUAUUAUCGAUCUAAUAGCUUCACGUAAAAAUAACUUGUGAUGAAUCCUCAUCUUAUCGAGUAGACAGUUAUUUCAAAGCGGUGAGGAGUAGAUAAUGAUAAUUGUAAGCUGAGGAUCAGAAAAUGAGUGGCACUCUCUAUGGUCUAUGCUGCUGUUUGGGUCCAAAAUUUCCAGGUUAAUGGUUGGUCACUUUUUGUACAAAAGUAUAGCUAAGACAAAAACAGUAGAAAGUGGAAAGUACCACUUUUUUAAGUAUAGAAAUAAUUGAAACUACAAUAAUGUAGAAAAUUAAAGUUUUGUCAAUUACGUGUAAUGAAUAUGAUUGAGAAUUUGUUGUGUUUGGUUAUCACUUUAUUUGAGGAUGCAUAUCGCGUAGAAUAUUCAUCUCACGUUAGGUUGAAACUUGAAAUAAUGAAGUCACUGCAUAGCAGCAAGAUACGAAGCACAUGCCAGAUAUUCCAUGAUGCUUCGAAUAAAUUUCAGUUGGAGUUGGGUGCUA